AUAAGGGCGUUUUGUAAAUAAAACGAAAUGUAUAUCUAUAUCUAAUCUUACGUUAUGAUUUUUAUCGAUUUCCUACAAAUUUUUGGUUAAUUUUCGAAAACAGUGAAACGGGGGCCCGUACGGCACCAUUUGUCGCUCGAUCAAACACUUCAUUAACGACAUUUUCAAUGCGCAUGCACGCAAAAGGCGGCAGAUGUAACAACAUUUGGUCGUACUAACAAUUUAGCCACGGAUCUUAUUCCGAGGCUAUCGUAUCGUGGAGUCGAUGUGUUCGCUAUAUUUGUACGAAUAGAUUUCUCAUAUUUUUUCCACUUUACCACCUCGGACCAGUGAUUCGUAAUUCCACGGUAAUGACAUUUGUGUCGCACGCGACACCCGCUACGUUUCACCUGCUAGCACUUUCUCAAGGUCCUCCGUAUUUAUAUGCAUCUUAAGGCGACAUCAUCUUUAUGCGCCUGCACCGACUUCUUUAAGUUUUAUUCAGGAUUACUAUCGCUAAACGAUUUUGCAUCAGUUAAAUUGGUGACCGCUUUAUUUACGUUUGACCGUUUGUCGUUUGCUGGCGUAUACCUUCCAACACGAUACACAAUGCCAUUACACCAUUGAUAAAAUAAAACAGACUGUACCUGUGGUUUAUUCUUAAAACAGCAAACCAAAAACUCAUAUAAUAGAGUUACAAAUAUAUUUUCAAAAUGAUGGAUAUCGAUCCUCCACAAUUUGUGUCUAAAGACGAUGAAGUUCAGUAUUGGAUGGAUCUUGCCCAUCAAAUACACAGGAGAAAAGAAGAUGUAGAAAGAGAAUUGGAAGAAUUUCAAGAAAAUUCACAAUUAUUAGAAAAAGAAUUAGAAGUAUCAUUGGAACAAGCAGAAAAAGCUAAUAGAGAAUUACGACAACGAAACACAAGACUUGCCACUGAAGUGGAACAGUUGAGAACAAGAUUAGACCAACAGACAUCAGACUGUGCAAUGUUUCAAGGAAAAGCUCAAGAUUUACAAUCGCAACACGAUCAUUUAUUAAAGUACAUAAGGGAACUAGAACAAAAGAAUGAUGACUUGGAAAGGGCUCACAGGAUAAAUAGGGUAACGGAAGAGGAGAUUGAAGCCAAACUUAAUUUAGCAAUUGAAAAGAAUGCGUUAUUGGAAUCGGAACUUGAUGAAAAAGAAGGCCUAAAAGUUAUAGUACAGAGACUAAUGGAUGAAAUUAGAGACUUAAAACAGGAAAUUCAAGUUCAAGAAAGGCAUCAACCAGAUAACGAUAAAUCUGCUGACAGAGUUCGUAACCAUGUUGAUAGUAAUAAGCUGCAAGUUGAAUUGGAAACUCACAUACCACCUACUAGCCCAAUAGUACAACAAUCCAUAACUCCAAGUAAUACAACUUCACCACUAAAAAUUGGAAACAGAGUUGUAGGGGGUGUAACUGGGAACAACAAUAACAAUAAUAAUGUGAAUCCGCCAUUGGCACCAUGCACAAGAAUAUUAGCAAUGAAUAUGAUUGGUGACCUUAUGAGGAAAGUUGGCGCAUUGGAGAAUAAGCUAAACACGUGUCAAAAUCCAUCUCGAGAGGAUCAAGCCGUUCGUGAUCUCUACAGGACUAGACGGCAAGUUCGAGGCUUUGCCUCUGGCAACAGCAACCACAUUCGAUUAUAAACAACGUGUAAUGUUUCAACAAUAAAUUAUAACUUCGUGCGUCAUACUUCUAUUCCUGUUAAUUCUUACGUAUUUUUAUUCAAUCUCGUUUAUUAAUUUAUUAUGAAUUUACGAUAGAAUGAAAAUUAUUUCUAUCACCUUAUUUAUUAUUUAUCUUUAUUAAUUAUUUAAUUUGCGUUUCUUGGACAUCACAAAUUGUAGAAAUUAUUUGUUUUUUUCAUUUAUCGCAAUUUAAAUAUGUGCUUGACGAUAGUAAGGACAAAAAUUUAUAAAUAAAUGUUUUAAUUUGUAAGUAUAAAGUCGAUAACGUGAUUAUUAUAUGUGUAGUAGGAUUACGUUAUUGCUCUGUAGAUAUUCACAAAUGAUAUUAAAUUAAUAAUUUGUGAACUCUUACUUUUAGUAGAUAGUUUUAACACAAUUACAAACUUUGCUGCGAUUAGAAAUAAUACUGUAAUGUCUAGUGCAAAUUUAGCUUUUAUAAUAAGUUAGAUAACAAUACAUGUCUAUUUUUUAAUAACAAAAGAAUAUUCUUUAAAUAAUUUGAAGAAAUAAAUUUUUGUUUUUUUUUUUUUAUUUUGGCAACAAGACUAAUAAGAAAAUAAAGAUUUGCGAGAAAAUUUGACGCGUAGUUCAUUUUAAUCAAUGUUUCGAUCUUUCACGUAGACCCCUCCCUAGGAAAAUAUUUUAGUUCGAAACACAAUUGGUUGAAAAAUAACAAAUAUGUGAAAAAGCAAAAUAAAGAACGUAAAAUAGAUGAACUUAAAUAAUAAAGUUAAUUAUGUAACUCCAAACUUAUUUUGUACUGGAAGCAAAAAAUAUUUUAGUAAAAAAAUUUAUUUCUUUAAAUUAUUUAACGAUAAAAAUAAAAGCAAAAAAAAAUAAAAUAAAAUCAACUAAAAACACUUAUAAAAGAAUAUUCUCUUGUGUCGUGAAAUAAUUCAAUUUUAUACUUCAAAACAUAUAAAAGCUACCGAACUAUAUAUUUCAAUAUACUAUACUGUGUGCUUCUAUGCCACACGCAUAAUUUUAAAUAGCAUCAGAUCUCCAAAUAUUUAUACAAAGUAGAAAACGUACUAACACCAUUAAUUAAAGUAUAUUAUCUAAUAAGAAAAAAUUGUUAGUUCUUACUAGAUUCCGCUUAAUGUAUAAUAAUACAAAUUAUUAAAUCGAAGUUAUAAUCGUUUGAUGCUAAUACCAAAUUAAUUGUGAA